GGCUUAUAAGCAUACCCUCAUCACAGACAUCAUUCAUUCAUUCAGACGUAUAAGAAUACCCUCACCACAGGUAUCAUUCAUUCAUUCAGACUUAUAAGCAUACCCUCAUCACAGGUAUCAUUCAUUCACUCAGGUUUUUGAAGUAUUUGAAGAAAAAUGGCUGUUGAGAGAUUUGAGAAGAAGCCCAAUUCAUGGGGUGAUGAUGAGAAGAAAGCAGUAGAGCUUAUGCUUGGACAUAUCAAUAACCAGAAAAAACAACCCACUUUUGAUCUGGUUGGAAGGAGCACAAAAAGUUCACCAUCUUCUCCAUCUUCAUCAAUAGAAUUUGAUCUCCUGGAAUUGGGUCAAGAGCAGUUUCUUCCUUCUGGGUGGGAGAAGUGCUUAGACUUGAAGACUGGAGAAGUGUAUUACAUGAAUUCAGAUGGACUAAGCUCUAAAGACUCUUCAAUUCAGAACAUAUCAAAAUUCACCUCUAUUGAUGAAGAAGAAAAGGUAGACCUGAAAUUGGAGUUAUCUACCUCAAAUUUUCUCAAACCAAGCAGGAAAAACACUGAUGAUAAUAUUCCUGAAGAAGUUGACUGCACCAUGAGGCUUGUUGGGUGUCCCACAUGUUUGAUGUAUUUCAUGGUACCUAGCCUAGAUCUCAAAUGUCCAAGGUGCAAAGGUUCAUUCCUGCUAGAUUUUCAUGAGGGAGAUUAGUCUUCUCAAUAAAUCAUUACAGAGAAAUAGAAUUUGUAUUUAUUUUCAGAGGAACAUGGUCAAAUUCAAUCUAUUAUAUCAAUUUCUUGAGUUCUUUUA